UUCCCCGCAUUCCUCAGCAGCCAAUCAGCGCCCGGCUCGGGGGCGGGGCCAGCGUUAGCCCCGCCCCCUCCAUUGGGAACCCAGCGCUGGGGGGGGGGGCACCCACCAGACCGGAGCCAACCAUGGAGCUGCUGUUGGCUCUGCUGGUUGCCGGGGUAACAGCCACGCCCUUCGUGGAGGAGCCGACCAAUGGGAGCGCGGCGCUGGGCGGGGAGGCGGAGCUCCGCUGUGCCGUGCGGGGGGGCGUGGCCGCGCAGUGGGCGAGGGACGGGCUCCUCCUCGGGGCCCCGCCCACCGCCGCCCACCCGCGAUACCGAUUGGCUGGAGACCAGACACGAGGGCAGUACCACCUCCGCAUCCGGGGGGUGCAGCUGGAGGACGAUGCCACCUUCGAGUGCCAAGCGGGGGGGGGCAACGGGAGCAGCCCCCCCCGAGCGUCCAGACCCGUCCAGCUGCGGGUGAUGGUCCCUCCCGGACCCCCCACUCUGGAGCUGCCCCCGGGCUCGGAGCUGCCGUGGGUGGGCGGGGCCGAGGUCCACGUGCGCUGCCACGCCCACGACGCACGCCCCGCCCCCCGCCUCGUCCUCACCCUCGGGGGGGAGCCGCUGCCCGAUGUCUCCCCGCGCAUCUUCGAGGGCUCCCACCCGAAACUGAGCAGCGCCGAGGUCACAAUCAGGCUGAUCCCCCAGCACCAGCACCAUGGACAGCGCCUGCUCUGCACUGCAUCCAAUGAGGCUGGGGCUGCCCCCACUGAGGCCGCGCUCACCCUGGAUGUGCUCUGCCCCCCCACCAUUGAGGGACUGGUUUCACCCCACGUGCGGGUGGGGGACAAACUGGAGCUGGUGUGCGUUGUACGGGGGGGGAACCCACCCCCCAGCCUCCACUGGGACAAGGACGGGAGGCCUCUCCCCGCCCCGUGGGUGUCCCAGCGCCCCCUGUCUGUGACCCGGAGCCCCCUGACCCUGUCCGUGACCCGGGGGGACGAUGGCGCCACCCUGCGGUGCCGUGUGCACACACAGCCCCCCCUGCAGGACGGGGGGAGCGCCAGCGUCACCCUGCAUGUCACCUACCCCCCCUCCCACGUGACCCUGCUGGGCCCGCGGGUUGGCGCCGAGAACGAGUCGGUGACGGUCACGUGCUCCAGCGCCCCCAGCCGCCCCCCCGCGCGUGUGCGCUGGUGGCUGCGCGGCCGCGAGCUGAGCGCCAGCCAGAGCAGCACCGAGCCGGCUCCGGGGGGGGGCUCAGUGACGUCAUCAAACCUGACGUUCAUCGCACGUCGCAUUGACCACGGGCGCCCCCUGGUGUGCGAGGCGGUCACGGCGGUGGGCGUGGCCAGAGCCAGCCUCGUUCUGAGCAUCACCCACCCCCCCGAUUCCCUGUGGGUCGAGGCCCCUCCCCCCAACGCCUCGUUCCAGGUGGGGGCGCUGGAGGGCCGCCCGCUGCAGGAGCCGCUCCCGGGCUGGGGGCGGGAUCUGGAGCUGCGCAUGCGCCCGAGCGACAACGGAGCUGCCUUCACCUGCAGUGACUCCGCCCACCGCCAGGGGGCGCCCAGGGCCACAGCCCACAUCCGGGUCCUGUUCCCCCCCGAUUCUGUCUCCAUCACAGCUGCCCCACGGGAGCCACGUGUGGGGCAGCGUCUGCAGCUCACGUGCACCACUGGGAGCAGCAACCCCCCAGCCCAGCUGAGCUGGGAGCACCGAGGACAGACGCUCCCCGGAGAGCCCCUCCCCCCCAGCCCCGCCCCCCACGGGGGGGUCACGGUGGGGUCACGGCUCCGCCUGCAGGUGGCGCUGCAGGACCAGGGUCACGUGAUCACCUGCGUGGCCUCCAGCCCCGCCCUGGGCGUGGCCGUGAGGGCGGGGCACAGAGUGAGCGUGAGGCCCCCCUCCCCACGGCUCCGGCUGCUCCCGGGGGGGUCUCUGUCCAUCGGGAAUGUGUCCAGGACAGACUCAGGCUCCUACCGGGUUCAAUGUGGGAAUGGGGAAGGCACCGGGAGCGCCAGCCUGGAGCUGCACGUGGAGUACCCCCCCUCCAUCGUGCGGGCCCCAGAGCCGGUGGUGGUGGAUGAAGGUGGGACCAUAGAGAUGCAGUGUGAGGCUGACGGGAGCCCCCUGCAGGACGGGAGCAUCCGAUGGCAGCGACUGGGGUCGCUGCCCGCGGGGCUGGAGCCGCUCGGGGGUGUCCCCAUUGGUCGGCUCUGGGCCGCGCGCGCCCGACGGGACAUGGGCGGAGCCUACGAGUGUCACGUGGACACGGGGGUCCCGCCCCCUGCCCGCGCCAUCAUCCGCCUCCUGAUUCGCUACCCCCCAGAACUGGAUCCGGUGCCGGAUCCGGAGCCAAUCCCGGUGCUGGUUCCCGAUGGAUCCGAUGACGUCAUCAUUGGGUGCCGGGCUCGGGGGGUGCCCCCCGUGGAGAUCCAAUGGGAACAAGGGGGGAGCCCGAUCAGCACCAUGGACAGCAGCGGCCUCCUGACCGUGGCCAACAUCAGCCAGUAUCGGACCCGGCUCCGCUCCCAGUCCCGGUACUGGGACCAGUUUGAGGCGCAGGCACCAUCCCAGUACCGGAACUGGGAGGGGAAUGGGAACGGGAGCCUGGGGAUACUGGUGUGUGUGGCCAGGAAUCCAUUGGGAACAGUGAGGAGGAGAUUCCGGCUGCGGCUGGCAGACCGCCCGGACCCCCCCCACUCCCUGCGCAUCUCUGGGGCCACCCCCAGAUCCCUGCGGAUCUCCUGGAGCCCUGGAUUCAAUGGGGGCAGCAGCCAAAGCUUCGUGCUCAGCGCACGUGUCCCGGAGGCUCCGCCCCCUUCCUCUUACGUCAUCACGUCAGACUCCUCCCACACGCUGACCGGUCUCCUCCCGGCCACGCCCUAUGACGUCACCGUGCGCGCCCGCAACGCCCGCGGCGACAGCGACGCCGUCGUCGUGCGUGGCGUCACUUCCGGUAUGGGAGGGGGUCAAUGA